AUGGAAUGCAGGACCAUCUGGUGUGAUGAUAGCAGUAUAGCGAUAGGGGUUGUGUUGGAGAUUGAAGGCACCGAGGUAGAGGACGCAGCCUGGCUUCGGAAAGCAGACGACUUUAACCAUAUUAAUGUCACCGAAUUAGACGCAGUGCUGAAGGGGGUGAACUUGGCCCUGAAAUGGGGGCUGUGCUCAAUUGAAAUAAAGACGGAUUCAGUCACUGUGCUUGGCAGGGUAGGAUCAGUGAUCAACAGUGAGAGGAGAGUUCGAACGAAAGGUACCAUGGAGAUAUUGAUGAAACACUGUCUAGGAGUUCUAGGAGAAUUGAUUGCCAAGUUCAGACUGAAGCUGAACGUGGUUUUCGUACCUUCAGAGAGAAACAGGGCAGAUGCACAGACCAGGGAGAAAAGGGCAUGGUUGGGGGAGCCGGAGGAGGCAAAGAAAGGGAUAGCUCUGGCAUGUUGGUUGGAUGACUUUGAACUGAAGAGACUGCAUGCUAUGCAUCACUUGGGUGUGGACAGGACCCUGUAUCUCAUGAAGAUGAUUGAUGCUGACGUCACUAGGAGAAGCAUCCGGAAAGUGGUCGGGAGCUGCGACAGGUGUCAGUCCAUUGACCCUGCUCCGUGUGGGCAUGAGCAAGGAAACCUUUUGGUGGAGCACAACUGGAAGAGAGUAGCUGUGGAUGUGAGGCACUACCGUCAGGGAGUGUAUCUCUCCAUGGUCGACUGCAGGCCGGGCCUGCUGGCCAUUUGGAGGGAGUUGAGGAUGGGCAUUGCUAACGAGAUUGCGCAGAUUUUGAAUGGGAUAUUUUUAGAGAAGGGUCUCAUGGAAGAACUGCUAAUGGACAAUGAGGCAGCUUUUCAUUCGGAAGUGUUGAGGGAUAUGCACGACUGGUGGAAAGUGUGUCGCUUGUUUAGAGCAGUGUAUAGGCCAAGCGGUAAUGGAAUCGUAGAGAGGCACCAUCAGACAGUCAAGGCCAUAGCGGAAAGAGGGCACAUUUUGCUGCUGGAAGCAGUUUUCUGGUACAAUGUGUCUCCCCGAUCCGAACAAGCUGAAGAAUCUGUGCCACACAGAGCGCUAUUUAAAUAUGAAUGGAGGCAUCAAAGUAAAGCAUCGGAGUGUCACAAGGAAGAGAAGGGACCCGCCUGUUGA